AUGGCUGAGCUCAGGCAGGUUCCGGGCGGGCGGGAGACCCCUCAGGGGGAGCUGCGGCCGGAGCUGGUGGAGGAUGAAGUCCCUCGGAGCCCAGUCGCGGAGGAGCCCCGCGGCGAUGGGAGUAACAGCAGCGAAGCCAAGUUGUUUCCAGGGGAGGAGGAAGAGCUGGAUCCCAGAAUACAGGAGGAGCUGGAGCACCUGAACCAGGCCAGUGAGGAGAUCAACCAGGUGGAGCUACAGCUGGACGAGGCCAGAACCACCUAUCGGAGGAUCCUGCAGGAGUCGGCGAGGAAGCUUAACACUCAGGGCUCCCACUUGGGGAGCUGCAUCGAGAAGGCCCGGCCCUACUAUGAGGCUCGGCGGCAAGCUAAAGAGGCCCAGCAGGAGACGCAGAAGGCAGCCUUACGAUACGAGCGGGCUGUGAGCAUGCACAACGCUGCCCGGGAGAUGGUGUUUGUGGCUGAGCAGGGCGUCAUGGCUGACAAGAACCGGCUGGACCCUACAUGGCAGGAGAUGCUCAACCACGCCACCUGCAAGGUGAACGAGGCAGAGGAGGAACGGCUUCGUGGCGAGCGGGAGCACCAACGGGUAACGCGGCUGUGCCAGCAGGCUGAAGCUCGGGUGCAGGCCCUGCAGAAGACCCUCCGGCGGGCCAUUGGCAAGAGCCGCCCCUACUUUGAGCUCAAGGCCCAGUUCAGCCAGAUCCUGGAGGAGCACAAGGCCAAGGUGACAGAGCUGGAGCAGCAGGUUGCUCAGGCCAAGACUCGCUACUCAGUGGCCCUGCGCAACCUGGAGCAGAUCAGUGAGCAGAUCCACGCGCGCCGCAGGGGCCUGCCCCCUCACCCACCUGGCCCUCGGCGCUCCUCCCCUGUGGGCGCUGAGGCCAGGCCCCAGGAGGAGGAGGAGGACGGAGACAGUGGGAUCAUUGAGGGGGCUGAGGGCGAGGCCCCAGAAGAGGGCUGCAGCCUGGGGCUUGGUCCUGCUCCUGAUGGGGACACAGCGAGCCUGCUGAGCCUGCGCACCGUGGCCUCAGACCUGCAGAAGUGUGACUCCGUGGAACACCUGCGGGGCCUCUCGGACCACGCCAGUCUGGACGGCCAGGAGCUGGGCACCUGGAGCGGGGGCCGUGGGGGCCGCCACCAGCGCAGCAUCAGUCUGUAG